UGAGCAUCCCAGUGUUUUUUUUCCUCAUCCCUCCCUCCCUCUGCUCCAAUGUUCCUUCAUCUCCUCCAUAAUUCAUUGGCACUUCCAGACCCUCCGCUUCGCUUCCAGCUCCGGCCGUCGCUCUCUGGAUCAUCCUCCAGCUCAGGACGGGUGUUCCCAUCCUGUCGGCCCCCGCUCGUAUCUGCAGCCAUGGACAGUCAACAGCAGAGCGAUUCGGCUGAGAGCUGCCAUGAAGAUGGCUUGCGUCUGUUUUUUGGCAACUAAUCCAUACCAAGCAGAGGAGGAGAGGAGAGAAGAGGGGAUUUUUCGUUUUUCCCAACUAGAAGAAUCCCUUUCGUCUGCCUCUCUCUGGCUCUUUUCCUUUGUGGUAUAGGAGUGCGCUGUUGUGGAUUUCGGGAGCUUAAAUACGAUCCAAAAUGCCUGAGGCCAAUUACCUUCUCUCUGUAUCCUGGGGUUACAUUAAGUUCAAGAGAAUGUUGAACAGGGAGCUGACGCACCUCUCUGAGAUGAGCAGAUCUGGCAAUCAGGUGUCGGAGUUCAUCUCCAACACCUUCCUAGACAAGCAGAAUGACAUGGAGAUCCCCUCGCCUACACUUAAAGCCCGCGAGAAGAAGAAAAAGCAGCAGCUGAUGACUCAGAUCAGUGGUGUGAAGAAAGUAUCCCACGGGCCCAGCCUCAACUUCGGCAUCGCUCGCUUCGGCGUCAAAACCGACAAAGAGGAUUUACUGUCAAAAGAAUUAGAAGACCUGAACAAAUGGGGCCUGAACAUCUUUACAGUUUCAGAGUAUUCUAACAACCGGCCUCUCACUUGCAUUAUGUACGCCAUCUUCCAGGAACGAGACUUGCUUAAGACAUUUAAGAUCCCGGCAGAUACUUUUGUGACGUACAUGAUGACCCUUGAGGAUCAUUACCACCAAGAUGUGGCCUAUCAUAACAGCCUUCAUGCUGCUGAUGUGGCCCAGUCAACUCACAUUCUGCUGUCCACACCUGCUCUAGAUGCUGUCUUCACAGAUCUUGAGAUCUUGGCAGCCAUUUUUGCAGCAGCUAUUCAUGAUGUGGACCAUCCUGGAGUUUCAAACCAGUUCCUCAUCAAUACAAACUCUGAGUUAGCGCUCAUGUAUAACGAUGAGUCGGUUUUGGAGAACCACCACUUAGCCGUGGGCUUUAAACUUCUCCAAGAGGACAAUUGCGACAUCUUCCAGAACCUCACUAAGAAACAGAGGCAGUCACUCCGAAGGAUGGUCAUCAACAUGGUACUUGCCACAGACAUGUCUAAGCACAUGAGCUUACUGGCCGAUCUGAAGACCAUGGUAGAGACGAAGAAAGUGACAAGCUCAGGAGUUUUACUUCUGGACAACUACAUAGACAGGAUACAGGUCUUGAGGAACAUGGUUCACUGCGCCGAUCUGAGCAAUCCCACCAAGUCUCUAGAGUUGUACCGGCAGUGGACCGACCGCAUCAUGGAUGAGUUCUUUCACCAGGGUGACAGAGAGAGGGAGCGUGGCAUGGAGAUCAGCCCCAUGUGUGACAAACACACUGCCUCAGUAGAGAAAUCACAGGUGGGUUUCAUUGACUACAUCGUCCACCCGCUGUGGGAAACCUGGGCCGACUUGGUGCAUCCGGAUGCCCAGGAUAUCCUGGACACGCUGGAGGAUAAUCGGAACUGGUACCAGAGCAUGAUCCCCCAGAGCCCUUCCCCACCCUUCUACCAGCCCGACAAAGAAGGCAACGGCGGGGGUUCAGGGCCUGACAAGUUCCAGUUUGAGCUCACGCUAGAGGAAGAGGACUCAGAAGGCACAGAAAAAGAUGAACAGAGCCAGGGUGAUGAGGAAGAAGAUGUGGAAGAAGAAGAAGACAGAGGGGAAGAAAUGGAAUCCACUACACACAUCCAGAUAGUUACCGAAGACGCCUCACCUGUCGACACAUAGGACUCAGCGUCUCUUAAUAGGCGGUAGCUGUUUUUUCCCUUGCGAGAGGAGCAAUCCUGCAGUUGAUGCUUUUGAAAAAGCCCGCAUGGGGUGCUUUUUUAGGCCCUCGUGGGAGGAGGAUGUCUUGCCCUCCUUGCACUUACGUUUGGAGACAGUUUGGUAGGAGCUCUCAGGAAAUAAAUGCUGCAGACAUUUUGGACCUGAACAAUUGGCAGGCAACUUUGAUAAACAUGAAGGAUUGGGGCCAAUGUGGACAGUUUGUUUGUUUGUUUGUUUGUUUACCUGGUGGUGAGGAGUAGACACUACUGAGAAGAUUUCUCUUUUUUUGUACCAACAUAAACUUUUUGUAAAGCUAUGGGUGUGUGAUGAGGUCAAAUGCGAACUACUGAAGAAAAAGUAUUUGUAAAGAGAGAAACUGUUUACUUUUCUGUACCAUUUGUCUAAAGACUGUGUGCCUUUUUACUAUUGUCUUUUUAAUAGGCUUUUAUUUAUUUAACACGUUGUAGUAUAACUGUACGCUGAAAUGUUUUCGUUUUCUAAAGCAAACCAGACCGAACAUGCAGAAUUGUUUUAUAUCUACGCUGGAGAGAGAAUUUAGUGUCUUCCUUUGUUUGGCAAUAUAACUUAAUAAUCCAAACUUCUGACAAACAAUCAGAAAACUAAGACAUGAUGAGGCACAUUCUGUUUAUUCUAGCUACAUUUGUGUCGGACUUUGUAAAUAUGAGCACAAACUCUGUUUAUUUGGAUCCGUACAUCAUCCCAUCCACAUUAGGGUAAAAAAUUUGUUAGGUAAAUGCAUUGUUGCACAAAAAAAUUUAAAUGCCCUUAAAUAUGAAGACUCCAUUUACUUAGAUCAUAAAACAAAAUACAAGCCCCCCCCCCCCCCCCCCAAAAAAAUCCAAUCACUAGAGGUCUCAUAAUGUACAAAAUCACAGGGAAAGCCAAAGCUAUAUUCACUUAAACGUUAAUUUGCUUUCGACUCAUCAUAAUUGUCUUCCUUACAGCAGUCGUUUUUCAUUCUUCCCAUCAUACCUCAGACACACAGAGUAAAAGCAGUCUAAACUAGCUUUUGUAGCUUUUUUCUACACACUUUGAUAUAGAACAUUUUCUCACUUGUCUUCUAAAUAAAAUAUGUUAUCUUUUCUCAUGAUUGGCUCACUUUUAAGACAGAUAAAAACAUUAACAUAAACUGAUUUUCUUCCCCAUCCCUCAGAACACCAUGAUAUGAUAAAAAAA